AUGAAAUUCCGGUUGAAGUCGAGAAAACCGAUUGAGACAAAAUGGCUGGCGAAAAAUUCUCGAUUCAAAAGUUAUCUAGAAGUUUUGUCCGUCAUGUUUUUCAUCUUUAUUUGGGUUGUUCUGCCAAUUAUGUGUCUUUGGGUAAGAUUUCUUUUUUUUUCAAAUAAAAUCUUAAAUUUAAAACAAAACUUUCUCAGGUUCCGUUCUAUUUGCUCAAGACAAAAUGGUGGUUCCUAGUGCCAAGUUAUGCAGUCUGGUUUAUUUAUGAUUUGCGAACUCCACGACGAGGCUCAAGGCCUUGGAAAUGGUUGCGCGAGCAUCAAUUAUGGCGACAUUUUGCCGAUUAUUUCCCGUUGAAGCUAAUCAAAACCGCCGAAUUAUCACCGGAACGUAAUUAUAUAAUUGGCUCCCAUCCACAUGGAAUGUUCUCGAUCGGCGGCUUCACCUCAAUGGCCACAACGGCAACCGGUUUUCACAAGAAAUACCCGGGAAUGACGCCGCAUAUAAUGACACUAAAUGGUCAAUUCUAUUUCCCACUUCGGCGUGAAUUCGGAAUGCUUCUCGGCGGUGUCGAAGUCUCCAAAGAGUCCCUCGAAUAUCUGCUAACUCGCAAGGAAAAAGGAAAAGUGUGCACAAUUGUAGUUGGCGGAGCCAUGGAAGCCCUUGAGGCCAAACCAGACACCUAUAUUUGCGUGCUCAAAAAUCGCAAAGGUUUUUGCAAAUACGCUAUAAUGUAUGGCGCCGAUUUAGUGCCAAUGUAUAAUUUUGGAGAAAACGAUUUGUAUGAGCAAUACGAUAAUCGAAAAGGAACUGUGAUUCGAGAAGUUCAAGAGAAGAUUUGCAAAGUUUGGGGACUCUGCCCACCAUUUUUAAGAGGAAGAAGUAUUCUCAAUCAAUAUAUGAUCGGAUUAUUACCAUUCCGUAAACCAAUCACAAGUGUUAUCGGAAAGCCUAUCAGGUAUUUUUUGAAUUUAUUGUUAGAAAAACAGAUAAUAAAAAAUAUAAAAAUUUUGUAGAGUGACACAAUGCGAUUCUCCAACUCAAGAACAAAUCGAUGAAUUGCAUGCGAAAUAUUGCGAAAGUUUGUAUAAAUUAUUCGAGGAUCACAAACAUCGUCAUAAUAUUGCUUCAGAUGUUCAUUUAGAGUUUCAAUAA